AUGGCACGCACGCAAAUUCUAAUCACAGACGUGCCCAAGGCGCGGUUCGACGAGCAAUGGCCGCAGCUACUCCGGCGCGAGAUGGCUAUAAGCUUCCCGGACGUGGAGCCGGAAUACUUCACGCCCCUCUCGUUUCUUAAUCGGGUAGUGAUCAUUUUCCGCGGCGAGGAGGAUACGGCCAGGGUCUACGAGUGGCUGCGCGAGCGCUGCGCGCGCGAGCACUACAAGGUGUACUUGUCGGAGCCGCUCGUCGGCAAGCCGCGCGGGCGGUCGCUGACCGCGGUGAGCCCGCAGGCCGGGGACGGCGCGGAGGAGGCGGAGGUCGAGCGGCCGCUCUUGCAGAUCGACACGGCGUCUGCCGCGGACUCGGCGGCGGGCGGGCUUUUCCCGCCCAGCCCAAGCUUGUCGCCGGACAAGCAGAUUUCGCCCACAAAGAUAAAGUUCCCGGACGACCCGAAGGUGCACUACUACAUGGAGCCGGCUCCAGAGCGCCACACGCCGGUGCCCGAGCGGGGCACCGGCGUGCCGUCGGAUCCAUCCGGCACGCAGUUCUUGUACAGGGGGCGCUCGCUGUCGCCGCGGGACAACAUGCCCCUGAGCCCCAGCAUCACGCUCAACCGGUUCCCCUCCGAGAGGGGCGGGCGGCGCGCGCACGCCGGGCAGUAG